AUGAAGGGUCCCCGGCAGCCACCCCGGCCCCGCUCGCUGCUGCUCCUGCUGCUGCUCCCCACGCUUCAGGUGCAGGGGACUCAUCCCGACUGCUCCAUCGUCCUCCACUUCCAGGAGCUGGAGGCGGAAUGUCUGCAGAGGAUCCGGAGCGAGAGGCAGAGCCCGGGGCAGGCGGGGCAGGGCUGCCCGACCGAGUGGGACGGGGUCAGCUGCUGGCCCGCCCUGCCCCUUGGCCAGUCCCGAGGUGUCGCCUGUCCCGAGAUCCCGAGCGUCUUCAAGAAGUCCAAAGGGCUGAUCCAAAGGAACUGCACCGAGUGGGGCUGGAGCCCCCCCAGCCCCCCCUACCACAGUGCCUGCCAGCUGGAGACCCUGGGCAGCAGCAAUGACACCGAGGCCAAGAGAGGCCAUUUUGUCACCAUGAAGGUGCUCUACACCUGUGGCUACUCCACGUCACUGGCAGCGCUGCUCCUGGCCAUCGGCAUCUUCUGCUGCUUCAGGAAGCUGCACUGCACCAGGAAUUCCAUCCACAUCCACUUCUUCACCUCCUUCAUCCUGCGGGGCACAGCCGUGUUCAUCAAGGACCGUGUCCUCUUCUCGGACGAGUCCAUCGACCACUGCACAAUGUCCACGGUGACCUGCAAGGCAGCCAUCGCCUUCUUCCAGUACUCAGUGCUGGCCAACUUCUACUGGCUGCUGGUGGAGGGGCUGUACCUGCAGACGCUGCUGCUGCUCACCUUCACCUGCGACAGGAGCUACACCUGGGGCUACGUCCUCAUCGGCUGGGGUGUUCCCAUGGUCACAGUCGGGGUGUGGGUGCUCACCAGGCUCCAGUAUGACAACCACGGGUGCUGGGAUGACUACUCCAGUGUGUACUGGUGGGUGAUCAAGGCUCCCAUCCUCCUGGCCAUAUUUGUGAACUUCCUCAUCUUCCUCAAUGUCACCAGGAUGUUGGCACAGAAGAUCCGGUGCCCGGACCUCAGCAGAGCCCACAAGCAGCAGUACAUGAGGCUGACCAAGUCCACGCUGCUGCUCAUCCCCCUCUUCGGGGUGCACUACGUGGUGUUCGCGCUCUUCCCCGAGCACGUGGUCGUGGAUGCCCGGCUCUACUUCGAGCUGGUGCUCGGCUCCUACCAGGGCUUCCUGGUGGCUCUGCUCUACUGUUUCCUCAAUGGGGAGGUCCAGGCUGAGAUCAGGAGGAACUGGGGCACAUGGCAAAGGUCCAUGGAGAGCAACGUCUUCAACCUGGCCACCCAGGACUUCACAGCAUGA